CACUCCACUUCUGGGUGCACUUGCUUCGUGGUAGUCUCGGAAUGGGAGUUCAACGGCCUUCUGCAGGUCAUGCUGAGGCAAGCAAAAGAUCUCAUUCCGGGCCAGCAAGUUGAAGAGUUUUUGUUUUACCCCAUCUCUCAAGAAUACGGCAUGGCCUGCUCGACUCCAAAUUGGGCUGUUCGAGCGUUCGAGCCGCAGGACAGCAAUUGCAAAGCGACAAUGGAAAUCACAACCGCACUUGCGUAUACCGUCCACGACAAUACAUCAGCAACACAGCGACAAUUGACGCAGGCAAUUUAUCGGUUCGCCACUGUGGUUGUUGCAUUGCAUGGUUGCAGAGGACUUGCGUCAUCUUCUGAAGGAGACCAGGAUAGCUGGCAACUUGUAGAAGAAAACACAAGAACAAAAGAACGCGCUGAAGAGAAUCGAAUCGAAUCCUUGCGUUCCAUUGUCACGCUGAGAAGUCGAUAGUAGUAGUUGACCAUGACUCAGGUGAGCGUUGAGACUGCUGCUAUGGCGUCCACUACCAGUAGUGAGGUACCUUCCACCGCAGCAGAUACAACAACCGAAGAAAGCGACAAGGACAACCACAAUCGAUCGCGAGAUAUGACCGAAACCACAGAACCAGCUUCUAUUGAGUCCACUUCCUCCAUGGUGGCGGCGAGCAAUCCCCCCAGUACUGAGAAACCCAUGAUCAAUAAUACACGAGGCGACGAUGGGGACGAUGCAGCCAACCUACCGGCGGAAGAAUCACUAGCCGACACGGAAGUGGCGAGCAGCAGCAGCACUGGACCCACAGCGCCCAUGUUUUAUCGAUUGAAUGCCUUUCGACGAGAUACUGAUGACGAUGAAGACGACAACAAUACGGAUGGAUUCCAAGCGAUUCCAACUAAACAGUGCAAGAACACGAGAGAAGACACUGUCAGUACCACUUGCUCCUCCGCGGCUGGUAUUUCUUCCAAAUCUCGUGGCGUUCGCUUUAAGAACGUGUGUAUUCGUGAAUAUGAGAUUACCAUUGGUGACAACCCCUACUGCUCCUAUGGAGUACCCAUUUGUCUUGACUGGAAUCACGGAGACGAUGAAGUCAUUCCAAUCGAUUUUUUCGAAGCGUCACACAAACGAAGGCGUACAGCUCGUAGAAUGUUGCUAAACUCCUUCCAAAGACGCGACAUGCUGUGGCGAUCGGGAUAUCUAUUGGAGGACAUUGAAAAGGCAAUCAAAGCAAACGACAGAGAGAAAUUCAGGAGGUCCGUCACCCUAUACUUCCUACCACUAUUCCAUGUUCAGGAACUUUUAUACUUUGGCGCCGAAAAAAUCCUGGGAAAAGACAAACGCAAUGAAUCUCAAUUGGUCCAGGAAAUGGUUCAGAAACAACAAGCGGUUGAAAUACAACACCGACAACAGGACGUAAACGCUGCCGAAAUGGGAGGAAUGACGGUGGACAAAGAAUACGACGAAAACUCGGAAGAUCCUCCACGCCGACGAUUGUCCUUUCGAUCGACGUCAACCCGCGGUGGGCCUGUGCCCUACGGCGUCGAUGACUCGAUUCGAUCAUCGAGUGCUUAUUCCGAUGUUUCUCAUGAACGCGAUGAUCCGUACGCGGCGUCGGCGAACUCCAGAUACAGAGAGUAUUCCGUCCGGGUCGACCGUGGACAACACGACAAGGCAACUGAGAUUAUCCUGUGCAAUCUGCAACGACCACACAUGCGGGCUUUUCAUGCUGCAUGGUUCUCCUUCUUUAUCGCAUUUUUCAGUUGGUUCGCUGUCACUCCGCUCCUAGGAGAAAUCAUGGAAACCUUGAACUUGACAAAGGAACAAAUUUGGGUCUCGUCGUUGUGCGGGACAGCCGGGACCAUUAUCAUGCGUAUUAUGAUGGGCCCGCUGUGUGAUAAGUACGGAAGUCGACUCUGUAUGGCAUUCAUCUUGGCCAGUUCCGCCAUUCCAUGCGCCUUGACUGGGCUCGUGGAAACAUCGCAGGGCUUGUCCGCUGUGCGCAGCUUUGUUGGUAUCGCAGGGAGUUCCUUUGUGGCUUGUCAGUAUUGGACUUCGCAGAUGUUUACCCGUGAAGUCGCAGGAACGGCAAAUGCUUUGGUCGCUGGAUGGGGCAACUUGGGAGGAGGUGUGACGCAGCUUAUUAUGGGCUCGGCGUUGUUUCCUCUUUUUAAAUUGUUCUUUAGUCACGAAGACACUGACGAUCCGAGCGAUGGGACAAACAGCUCUGAGAUGGCAUGGAGGACUGUGUUCGUCGUGCCUGCUCUAGUAUCUCUGAUUACUGCCUACACUAUCGCCUACCAUUGCGAUGAUUCCCCCAAAGGAGACUACAGAGAACGCGUGCGACAGCAGGAGAUUAUGGUUGUCAGUCCCUCGGCUUCUCUAUGUGCUGCGGCUCAAAACUACAAUGUGUGGCUUCUGCUGCUUCAGUACGCAUGUUGCUUUGGUGUCGAGGUGACCAUGACGAACGCGACGGCUCUGUAUUUUCGAGAUGAGUUUGGUCAAACAACCGUGUCAGCUGCAGCCAUUGCCUCUGUCUUUGGGUUCAUGAAUUUGUUCGCCCGUGGUUUGGGAGGUUUUGGUAGUGACCUGUUCAACGCCAAGUACGGGAUGCGAGGCCGUGUGUCAUGGCAAGCAGUCACCCUUUUUAUGGAAGGAAUUGGUGUGGUUAUUUUUGGGUUUGCAGACACCCUAGCAGGUUCCAUUAUUGCCCUGAUCUUCUUGUCUUUUAUGGUGCAAAGUGCGGAGGGUUCUACGUUUGGUAUUGUCCCCUACGUUGACAGAAGAUUCACAGGGUCCGUUGUUGGAUGGGUCGGCGCUGGAGGCAACGUGGGCGGAGCCUGCUUUUCGGUGCUCUUUAUUAGGUUUGAAUACGAGAGAGCUUUCCUGUUCAUGGGGAUUUUGGCUUCUGCAAGCUCGGUUUUGAGCUUCUUCCUGAAUUGCAAAACGCUUGCACGGAACGCUGAAACCCUUGCAAAUGAAGGCAAGCGAGAUGAAGGGGGCCAUCAUCAUCUUCACAACGAGGCGAUUGGAAUGACACGCGACACAGCAAUAACUUUCGCGCAAUUGGAAGGACACGAAAAAACUCAUCAUGAUGAAAUUGUGGCAUGAAGAGUCUCUCUUUGUCAAAGAGAACGACUUUGGUGGACGCCAUGUCUUUUUCCAGGGUUUGCAGUUUUCCAUUUUUGAAUGCUUCCAUUCCAGAUUGCGCACAGCCUUCUUCGUGAUGUUUUUGCACUCACGAAAUUUUGUGGCAGGAGACUACCCCUGACAGUGUCAUGCUAUGCUGUAAGGUUUGGAUGUUUUUUGCAUGAGCUGUGUUUGCGUUUGUUUUGGGAGCCAGUCCUCUAUCUACACCAGUCAGCUGCUGGUGCAAGUUUUUGAAUUUCUUUGCAUACUACCAAUUCUGCGUAUAAUUUUUACAUAACAUUUUUUUUGUCUGCCUUUG